UGUGUUGUUACAGAUACAUACACCACCGCAUGCUUGGAUAUACCGUCGGUCUUAUACUCCAUGUCACCAACAUAUAUAAUAUGAUAGUCUUUUACAAGGGUGAUGUACUCAAAGACCCCGACGUGAAGCGCUUCCAUAAUAAUCAGUUUAGGUUCCUGACCAUAUGGAAUGUUUACAUGCAAGUUAUGUACAUGGCUCUCGGUCUAUCGUGUGACGUACUGACGCUUACGAAUCAAGGAAAGGACAGUUCAUUGCUGAAGAGUUUGAAGACCAUCAGGGAUCCAUUGUUUUCUAAUAUUGUAGUGCCAAUCUCUGUUACUGUAAGCCUAUCAUUCUGGGCGAUAUUUUCCUACGAUCGGGCACUGAUCCUACCACCCAGCGUUGACAAGACCAUUACGCCGAUAUCUAACCAUAUAAUGCAUACAUAUAUAGUGCCUAUAGCACUAUGGGAAUUACUAUUUAGACCUAGGAAGAGACCUGAUACGCAUUUGGCCAAUCUCCUAAUGCUUAACCUGUAUGCUGCUUUUUAUCUUGUUGUGAUCGUGGUCGGCUACUUAGAACAGGGGCUCUGGGUGUAUCCCAUACUAGACAAGUUAUAUGGAACAAUAUAUUUCUACCUAUUCAUCGCUUCUGCUGUCAUUAUGACAAAUACAUUUUACAAUCUGCAAUGGUACCUAAAUGAUCUUAUUUGGAGUGAUAGCGAAAAUAGGAAGAAAGUUCAAUAA